GGUCAAUGGUGGUUUGUGAAGGAAUUGAAACUUUUACCAAGUAUUGAGGUAAAAUGUCUUUGCCCUGCAGGUAGCUUGCUGUUGAUGUCCGGAGUUCAAGAAUAUGAUGUGGUGUACUCCCCUCCCCCGUUCCGUUUCCUAUUCAGGUGACAUGGCCCCCACAAUCUCUCCAUUCGAUUCUUAAAACAUCAACGGGCGGAGGGAGAAUUUAAUUUGGUUUUAGUAUUAUAUAUGCAGAAUAAUGAGCGGGGAAUCCCCCCUUAUAUUAUAAGGCCCAACAAAGUUUCCUUCAGUCCUUUUUCCGUCAAUGUUCCGUCAAAUUGCUACGUUCCGUCUUCUAAAUUUCACAGCACCGCCAGAUUAUCUUUCCCGACGUCUGUUCUCCGCCUCUACUAUUUGUCCUCACCUUCUCGCAAUUUCUACACCAUCACCGACCCACGACCUCUUCAACCGCCACACCACACCGUCUUCCUCACCUAAUAAUGAGUGAAGAAAUUAUUGGACUAUUGUUCCUGCAAGAAAUCUUUUCCACUAUCCAGGUUUUAAAAAAGGAGCAUAGACGACGCUUACGUACUUUCCGCAGCUCCGCUACACCCAUGGUGAUCAGUCCCCAGAAGUUACCAAGUGCUUAGGCACCAUUUGGACAGGGAAAGACCGUUACAUCUGGAUCGACUUAGGGGUUGGCCCAGUGGAGUAUGGUCCAGCACUCUAUGGCAAUGGUCUUAUGCCUAGGGGCGAGUUUCAUCCACUGGCGUCUAUCCACGGCUGACCCAAGUCUCAAAAGUCUAUGCUUUCUGACUUGGCUUCACUGGUUUGGAGUGCUUACCAGGUACUUGCUGUUCCUUCUUUGAGGAUUCCUGUCCCUUUUGAGGAUUCCUUGAUUGUUCAGUUCAUACACAUAAAUGGUUCACCCAAAAACAAAGAUAGCACUGGAUUGGAUUGGAAGUCAAUAGAGAAGACCUUUGUGGAUGAAGCUAUUGAUAAAGGGUUGUUGUUGGGCAAUCAAUCUUUAAGCUUUAAGAAGUAUGAGGUGAAUUUAACCGAGUGCUUAAUUUGUUCUUUUGCCAUUACAAGGGCAACUACUUCUUACACUUCUAGGUAUUUCUUUGAGAACUACACCCUGAUUGUUAGUGAGUAUCUGGACUAAAAACGCUUACACCAGACUUUGUCAGAAUCCACGGACGAGUUCAGGCGGGUGGUGAAGCUUCCUUUGGAUGAAGGUUUUGGGAGGGUUGUCCCAGUCUAUGUUUUUGAUUUGGAUGUCAGCAUGAUUUCGUUGCUCGACCGUUACCAUCAGGCUGUGGCAUUCAAAGAUAUGGUUAUUGCGGUUAGGAUGAAAAGUACCCAGGCUGUCAGCGACUAUAGUUGUAAUGGACGCCAUGUUUUUUCCCAGACUCGUGAGUUGGAGAGGCCUCUUGUUGGUUCUAUUUUACAGAGUAUGUGGGGAGUCUCCCCAAAACAUUUGCUGUGGGGCCCUAAGCACAACAGCACUUUUGUGGACGAUACGUGGAGCGUCGGAAACACACCAUUUCGUCCGUUUUCAGAUAUUUCGUCUCUGUCUUUCGUGCAGAAGGAUGCUGCCAGAAGGAAUGUUCUCUUGACAAACCUCAACAGUAGUCUCACGAGUGCCAUUGAUGUAGUUGAAUCCAUUGCUGCGAGCUUCUUGAGCUUGUCCAACGGUGGAAUUUGUUCAAAUACAAGCUGGAUAAGGCAGUUUCUGCUUUGUCACAUUUUGAUUUCGAGAUGGCAUUGUACUAUCUCAGGUCAUCAGAUCAUUAUCUGUAUGCUGCUCACUCUCUUGUUUACCGCGCUUCACAAGUUUUGGAGGCAUCCCUUGUUUGCUGGUAUUUUCAUUGGUCUUCUCUAUAUCUUUGCAAAGAGAGAAAAGUUAUUUUGGAACAAGAGAAAACAGUUCUGAAAGCAUCCAUUUUGAUCAUUUGAAGUCGUACAGCAGAACAUGUAAUGAAAUAUUUAAACUUCAGAGGUCCGAGAGAGACACCUUGGUUUUCAAUAGCACUUUUAUAUGUUCAUAUAUGAGUUUAUUUGAUCUUAUUUAGUCUCUUUUCCUCUCUCUAUUAUUUUACUGCUAUUAGUUCACUAUUUCCCCCUUUUGUUGGGCACCAUUGGCACAAAGUGCCAUCUUAGCUAGUAUUUAUUAUAGACUUGUUGCUUGUAACAAAAAGCUUGUGGGAUG